GGAAUUGGCGCGGAGCUAUAGAAGCAAUCCAAAUACCGGCGAGAGCAUUUCGUUGCUGAUCACCAGAGAACAUCGCUUUGCAUUCUUUGAAUAGUGUCACCGAACAAAAUGCCUGAGGAGAUGGAGACAACUGGGGAGGUGGAGACUUUCGCCUUCCAGGCUGAAAUAGCCCAGUUGAUGUCCCUCAUCAUCAACACCUUCUACUCGAACAAGGAGAUAUUCCUUCGAGAGUUGAUCUCGAACUCGAGUGAUGCCUUGGACAAGAUUCGCUACGAGUCGCUGACAGACCCCACUAAAUUAGACAGUGGAAAGGACCUGUCGAUCAAGAUAAUUCCCAACAAGAAUGACCGCACCUUGACGAUCAUCGACACUGGAAUUGGCAUGACCAAGGCCGACCUGGUGAACAACUUGGGAACAAUCGCCAAGUCUGGUACCAAGGCAUUCAUGGAGGCCCUGCAGGCAGGUGCUGACAUUUCCAUGAUUGGGCAAUUUGGUGUUGGUUUCUACUCUGCGUACCUCAUCGCUGACAAAGUCACAGUCGUCUCGAAGCACAAUGACGACGAGCAGUACCUGUGGGAGUCCUCAGCUGGUGGAUCCUUCACUGUUCGUCCAGAUCCCGGUGAGCCCCUGGGGAGAGGAACAAAAAUUGUUCUCCACAUAAAGGAGGACCAGUCCGAGUACCUGGAGGAGGCCAAGAUCAAGGAGAUCGUGAAGAAGCACUCGCAAUUCAUUGGCUAUCCCAUUAAACUCGUUGUCCAGAAGGAGAGGGAGAAGGAGCUCAGCGAUGACGAGGAUGAGGCAGAGACCGAGGAGAAAAAGGAGGAGGAGGAUGGAAAGCCCAAGAUUGAGGAUGUUGGAGAGGACGAGGAGUCUGAGGACAAGGAAAAAAAGAAGAAGAAGAAGACCAUCAAGGAGAAGUACGAGGAGGACGAGGAGCUCAAUAAGACUAAACCCAUUUGGACCAGGAAUCCCGAUGAUAUCACCCAGGAGGAGUACGGCGAAUUCUACAAAUCUCUGACAAACGACUGGGAGGAUCACCUUGCUGUGAAGCACUUCUCGGUGGAGGGACAACUGGAGUUCCGAGCUCUUCUGUUCGUUCCUCGUCGCAUGCCAUUCGACCUCUUUGAAAACAAAAAGCGCAAGAACAAUAUAAAAUUGUACGUCCGACGAGUUUUUAUUAUGGACAACUGCGAGGAACUCAUCCCUGAGUACUUGAACUUCAUGAAGGGAGUUGUGGACUCUGAGGAUCUGCCCUUGAAUAUCUCCCGAGAGAUGCUCCAACAGAAUAAAAUUCUCAAAGUAAUCAGGAAGAAUCUCGUGAAGAAGUGCUUGGAGCUGUUCGAGGAGUUAACAGAGGACAAGGAGAACUUCAAGAAGUUCUACGAGCAGUUCAGCAAGAACAUCAAGCUGGGUAUCCAUGAGGACAGCACCAACAGGAGCAAAUUGGCUGAUCUCUUGAGGUAUCACACAUCAGCCUCUGGUGAAGAGGUUUGCUCCCUCAAGGAGUACGUAGCCAGGAUGAAGGAGAAUCAGAAGCACAUUUACUACAUCACUGGUGAAUCCAAGGAGCAGGUGGCAAACUCCUCAUUUGUCGAGCGUGUGAAGAAGCGAGGCUUCGAGGUGGUUUACAUGACAGAACCAAUCGACGAGUAUGUCGUCCAGCAGAUGAAGGAGUUCGAUGGAAAACAGUUGGUGUCUGUGACCAAAGAGGGUCUGGAGCUCCCUGAGGACGAGGCUGAGAAGAAGAAGAGGGAGGAGGACAAGGCCAAAUUCGAGGAGCUCUGCAAGACCAUGAAGACUAUUCUCGAUCAGAAAGUGGAGAAGGUUGUGGUGUCAAAUCGUCUGGUCGACUCACCCUGCUGCAUUGUCACGUCGCAGUAUGGGUGGACAGCAAAUAUGGAGAGGAUUAUGAAGGCUCAGGCCCUCAGGGACACCUCCACCAUGGGCUACAUGGCAGCGAAAAAACAUCUGGAGAUCAAUCCUGAUCAUCCAGUCAUCGAGACCCUUAGGCAGAAGGCUGAGGCUGACAAGAAUGACAAAUCUGUCAAGGAUCUUGUGGUUCUUCUAUUCGAGACUGCUCUUCUCUCAUCUGGCUUCACACUUGAUGAGCCUCAGGUUCAUGCUGCUCGUAUCUACAGGAUGGUCAAGCUCGGUCUUGGAAUCGAUGAAGAGGAUCCUAUCCCUGAGGAAAUCAAGGUCGAGGAUGCUCCUGCCAUAAAGGGCGAGAGCGAGGAUGCCUCCAGGAUGGAGGAGGUUGAUUAGAGAGUCAGACUUUUGGGGGCUUAAACCACGUUUUAUGUGGUUAAUCAUUAUUAAGUGAUUCGAUUUAAGAUUUAGGUUGUUAAAUCAUUCCCCGUAGGUGUUCUCUCUUUUUUUUAUUCAUCCGGAAAGUCAUACCAAAUGCAUUUUUAUUUGUAGGCCAUAAAUUUGUCAUAAAUUUCGAGUAAUAAAUAUGGUAUUAAUUAUAA